AUAAAACUUGGUGUUUGUGUGUGUUUGUGUCCCUCCCGCAUUGGACGCGGUGCAGUCGCAGUCGCAGUCAAAAAACAACAGCACCGUCGCCGUCGUCGACGUCGAGCCGGUUUGAACACUGUGGAAUCUCCGUCUUCCAGCCUUGAUUUGCUUCUACUGAUCAGCAAUAUUAAACGGAACGGCACUCGCCGUGUUUUACCAGAUACCACCCCAUACCCGACGCACCCCGUCUCAUGGCCCUUCUCGCUCCAUCGUCCGACUGGCACCCCCCUCGAGAUCUCACCAUGGACCCUGCCUCAAACUCGCCCUCGUCUCGCCAACGCUCCUCCCCGUCAAACGAUCACAACGCCCCACUCCAUCCGCAGCAGCAGCAGUCUCUCCCCCAACCUCACCAGCAGAGCCAGCAACCCUAUCCUUACCCCGUUCAACAGCAGCCACAGCAACAGGGCCCGUGGCUGCCCACCGUGUCCGGGGCUCCCUUCUACCCCCAGUUCUACCAAAACCAGCACCCUCCACAACCCUACCCCCUCCAUCCUCAGCCUCAAAACCCCUACUUUGACCCCGCAGCCAACGCUCAGCUCGCCCAGUGGGCCUACCAGCAGAUGAUGUUCUCCCAAGCCCAGGCACAGGUCCAAAUGCCCUCUCGGGGCACCGCUUCCGCACCUUCCUCCCCGGCCGAUUACUACGGCCCAGCGCCACUCUUCAACCCUUUCCCAAGUGGCACCCCUCCUCCCCCUCCUCCCCAACACCACCCACAGCACCAUGCCCCCGGAUAUACCCAGCGCACGUCCUCCGCGGACGGCGCCCGUGGCCAAUACGAUGGCUUUCAUCCAUAUCGUCGUCCUCAACAGUCCCCUCGGACUCAGGAUGGCGAUCGAUGGACCGGUGGAUUGCCUCAGCCGCCCUACGCGCACGGAGACGCAUCUGCAUCCUCCACAUCUGUCAACUCUAGCUCAUCAUCGACGCGUGGCAACGCCAACCCUCCCUCCUCCACCCCCCGACAGCGCACCAGCAGCACGCAGGGCAACGGAUCUGCACACCAGAGCGGACCUGCCACUGCUGCGCGGACGAAGAGUCCUCCUUCGUCCUCGCCGUCGCCAAACGAGACAGGCAACAGCCGUCCGCGCGCGGGCAGCGCCUCAAGCCGUCCAUCCAACAACACCCUUCCGCAUCAUCGCACAUCUUCCUCUUCGUCGACGGCUUCAUCAGCCGGCACGGCCCGGCCAUCUGUAUCUUCCUCGGCUACUGCCACGUCGUCGUCGUCCUCUCCUCCCCCUUCGUCCUCCCACCCGCACUCGCAUCCUCACCCCCAGGCUCGGCCCCCUCGUCCAUCGCCACUCUCGCAGGGCUCGACAAUCCCACACGCCAGCUCAGCUUCCAACCCACAAUCUCAAUCUCACUCACACAGACAAUCCCACGCUCAAUCUCAACCCCAGCCUCAUCCUACCGAUAAGCGCAUGUCCCGCGAUGACUCAGACCUUACCACUAUGCUCGAUAGCAUCGCUCUCGGCACUGCUCCUGCCAAAAGUGGCGGUCUUAAAGGUAGACUGAGGCGUGCACUAUCCCUUGGCCAUGCCCUCGACGAGGAGCAGGAAUUGGAGCAGUCUCCUGUGGGAAAUAAGCAUGGCAAAUCUGCCAGCGGCACCCCCGAUCCUACUACACCCACAGAUAACACGGACGCAUCGAGCACCAUCGCCAAUGGUGGUGAUGCUGCAGGGCCACCCCUUAAAAAACGAUCCCGCGCAGCCUCUCUGUUCAGUGCGCGUCUCAACGCGUCAACCGAUAAUAUCUCCCUCUCGUCUACCAUGUCCUCUGCCUCCGUCGUCAUUCGCAAGAUUGGCUCCAUCGGCAAAUUGGCGAGGAGAAAUUCCUUGGCGGGCAUCACGUCCUUGUUCAAGGAUAAAAACAAGGACCAGCUUGGUGAUUCUGCCAACAAUAAUGACAGUGGCGGAAGUACCUCGGGUAAAAAAUCCAAAUCCAAACGUUCCAAAGACGCCAAAGGUUCCGUCCUCGAACCGACGGUCUCCCAUGCUGUCGCGGAGCUCGAUCGGACAGCUAGCGGGAGUGAAUGGUCGGACGCAAGUCUGAGCGGGUUAAGUCCAGCCGCGAAAUUGGCAAGACAACACACGCUCAAGUCGAAUGCGGAGGCUGCGGCAAAGGCUCGUGCGCAAGCCGAGGCUCAAGCACAGGCAGCAGCGCAGGCUCAGGCGGCUAAAGGUGCUAAUGCUCAUACGAAUGGUGGGAGUGCAAACGGAAGUAAUGCAGGGAGCGUGCCGGUCCCGGCAACUUGGGAGAAGAGUACAGCUACGGGGAGGGAUAGCGUGCACCAGGGGCGUAGGAUGGUGGGCGAAGACGGUCGAGUCCUUGUCGAGGACGAUUCCGAUUCAGGGAGCGAUGUCGAACAUGCGCCUGCCCACCAACCCCAACAACAGAGCUACAUCUCCGACGGAUGGGAAGACGAUGAGGUAUGGCGAGAGGAUGAGGACGAGGAGGAAGAUCUGACUGUUCGCCCUGGUGGCUCCGUUGAAGACGAGGAGGUCGUCGAGUGGGCAAAGACGAUACGGAAGACGAUCGAAACGAUCAAGCCGACAAAGGGCAUUUUAAAGGGUGCAGAGAACUACCACCAGGAAGCCUAUAUCCAGGACCAGGCCUCGAACCCAGCGUUCAACCGUAUCCGGUCCAGCUCGUAUAGUUCUCAUUCAGGGACGCCGGAACUCGGUCCUUUAGCACGUAUACCCUCUCCCGAUCCAGACCACAUCGAUGGACUGCACCGACACCCUUCUCAUUCAUCGCAGCGCGGUGGUGGCAACAGCGGGAUUGCUGCUGCUGGAGGUAACUCGUCCUCACCAAUUAUUUCUUCUGGUUCCUCUUCUGAUGCAUCCAUCCCCUCUUCCUCCGAACCAGACUCUGGAAGAUCGUCGCCGCACACCAACGUUGGAAAUUCCGCUGCCAAUGGCCUCUUCACGCUCUCGAAUUCAUCUGCGCCUGCACUGUCGACGAUCACGGCGACAGCGACUCUCCCCCAUCGUACAUCCUCGACCCCAACCACAAAACGACUCGUCUUUGCGAACAAUUUGUCAGUGUACGAUACUUUCUCUUCGACAGUCUACGACCGACGGAGUGAACCUGCGACGUGGAGUCGUCUCACUCCAACUUUGGCACAGAGGAUCAAGGAGGAGUUGAAUUCGUAUAAGAUGGAGGAGAUGGAGGUGCAUGCCUGCAGCCGGGUGUAGUGAGUCGCUUUACUCUUAUUUCUUGUGGGGGUGGCAAUUUGGUUUUGGAGCGAUGUGGUGCAGAUGCUGACAAAUCAUUUUUGUAGCACCCAAUUUUUCAUCUAGAAGAGUGUUGGAGUCCUACAUACCAUACCCAGACAAGCAUGUCUAUCACUACCAUUUUCAGUGGCAGCAGCAGCAGCAGCAACGACUCU